GCGGUACAGAGAGGCGGGGAGAUGCGCCGGGGGAGCUGCGCUUAUUCUGCACCGGGGAUGAAGAGUAUGCAGAGACCGUACCGCAUCUGAGUGAGGGUGUGCACUUCAGAACUUUCCACUCUGCUACUUGAAGUUGAAACCUUUUCUUUCACAAAUUCAUUAUCGUUAUACAAAUAUUUUACCAAGACAUUGCUUGAAUUGAAGGAGAGGUGAUGCAUGGUUCUCCCUGAGGUCCAAAAUGGUUGGAAGUGCCUCCGUUUAUCAGGGAAAGUGAAAACCUCUUCAAUGUCUGCCUGAGUGCUGGAAAGAGUCUGGGAGCUUUUGAAGGGACCUGCCUGCUUCCCUGCCUGCCUCCCUGUGUGUCUCUGCCUCUCACACAGUGUUCAGGUCCUUGCUCAGGAGUGCCCGCUGGAGCAGCAGAAGCACAGGGGAGAUCAGCAGUGUCUGAGGUGUUACAAUGAAGGUCUGUGGAGGGUUUCCCUGGAUCCCAGAGCUGGUGGCGCUCAUCUGGGUGUUACGAACAGUUAGCUCUCUUAAUCCAGACGACCCCAACGUGUGCAGCCACUGGGAAAGCUAUGCAGUGACUGUCCAAGAGUCCUACGCUCACCCCUUUGAUCAGGUUUACUACACCAGAUGUACGGACAUUCUGACCUGGUUUAAAUGUACCAGACACCGAAUCAGCUACAAAACAGCUUAUCGUCGAGGACUGAGGACGAUGUACCGCCGAAGAUCCCAGUGCUGUCCGGGAUACUUUGAGAGUGGAGACUUCUGCAUCCCCCUGUGCAUGGAGGAGUGUGUCCACGGAAGAUGUGUGUCUCCUGAUACGUGUCUGUGUGAGCCAGGCUGGGGGGGCACUGACUGCUCCAGUGGCUGUGAGAGCGAUCACUGGGGCCCGCACUGCAGUAACCGGUGCCAGUGUCAGAAUGGAGCCCUGUGCAACCCCAUCACAGGAGCCUGUGUGUGCACCGACGGGUACCUGGGCUGGAGGUGUGAGGAGCCCUGUGACCACGGGAGCUAUGGGAAGGGUUGUCAGCUCCAGUGUCAGUGUCAGAAUGGAGCCACGUGUGCCCAUGAGACCGGGGAGUGCCGCUGCGCACCGGGGUACACCGGAGCCUUCUGCGAGGAGCGCUGCCCCCCGGGCAGUCACGGGGCCCAGUGUGAGCUGCGCUGCCCGUGUCAGAACGGAGGGAUCUGCCACCACAUCACCGGAGAGUGCUCCUGCCCGGACGGCUGGAUGGGCUCAGUAUGCGCCCAGCCCUGCCCUUAUGGGAAGUUUGGUAUCAACUGCACCCAGGACUGCCUCUGCCACAACGGAGGCCAGUGUGAUCACGUGACAGGACAGUGUGACUGCACAGCCGGAUACACCGGGGAGAGGUGUCAGGAGGAGUGCCCUAUUGGCACGUACGGCCUUCACUGCUCCCAGAAGUGCGACUGUCUGAAUGGGGCAAAGUGUUACCACAUUAACGGAGCCUGCAUGUGUGAGCCCGGGUUCAAAGGAGCUCAUUGCCAAGAGAGGCUGUGUCCAGAUGGCCUGUACGGGUUCAAGUGCAACAAGCACUGUCCGUGCAACGCCACGAACACGCUCAGCUGCCACCCCCUGUCUGGAGAGUGCACAUGUGCAGCAGGCUGGGCUGGGCUGUACUGCAACGAGACCUGCCCACCGCGAUACUACGGGGAGGGAUGCCAGCAGCUGUGUGCCUGUGACAAUGGGGCUGACUGUGACAGCAUCACUGGGAAGUGCAUCUGUGCACCAGGGUACAUGGGAGAAGACUGCUCCCUCCCCUGCACCUCUGGGUCGUACGGAGCCAACUGCUCCUCUGUGUGUAACUGCAGGAACGAGGCCACAUGCUACCCCAUCGACGGCUCCUGUAUUUGCAGAGAAGGGUGGCAGGGUGUGGACUGCUCCAUCCUGUGCUCGAGCGGCACAUGGGGUCUGAACUGUAACCAGACGUGCUUCUGUGCCAAUGGAGCCGCUUGUAACCCCAUGGACGGCUCCUGCACCUGCUCUCCGGGCUGGAGGGGGGGCAGCUGUGACCAGCCCUGCCCGGAUGGCACGUACGGUCUGGAGUGCAGAGAGCGUUGCGACUGUAGCCAUGCGGAUGGAUGUGACCCCAUCACAGGGUACUGCCGCUGCCUAGCUGGGUGGACAGGUAUCCACUGUGACAAUGUGUGUGUUCAAGGUCGCUGGGGGCCGAACUGCUCCAUCUCGUGCAACUGUGACAACGGAGGAUCGUGCUCCCCUGAGGACGGGACCUGCGAGUGCGCACCUGGGUACAGAGGGGCCACCUGCCAGAGAAUCUGCUCUCCCGGGUUUUACGGGCACUGCUGCAGCCAGGCAUGCCCGCAUUGUGUGCACAGUAACGGGCCGUGCCACCACAUCACCGGGCACUGCGAGUGCCUGCCGGGGUUCUUCGGCUCCCUCUGCAACCAAGUGUGCGCCACUGGAAAGUUUGGAAAGAACUGCGCCGAGGUCUGCUUGUGUACCAACAACGGCACCUGCAACCCCAUCGAUGGAUCCUGCCAGUGCUUCCCAGGCUGGAUCACAGAGGACUGCUCCCAGUCCUGCCCCCCGGGGUAUUGGGGCCCGAACUGCAUCCACACGUGUAACUGCCACAACGGAGCCCUGUGCAGCGCCUAUGACGGAGAGUGCAAGUGCACUGCGGGCUGGACCGGCCUCUACUGCACACAGCGUUGCCCCGCAGGGUUCUUUGGGAAGGACUGUGCCCAGGUGUGCCGCUGUCAGAAUGGGGCAGACUGUGAUCACAUCUCCGGACAGUGUGUCUGCCGCACAGGCUUCAUCGGCAGCAACUGCGAGCAGAAGUGCCCCCCUGGUACGUUUGGGUACGGGUGCAAACAGCUGUGUGAGUGCAUGAACAAUGCCACCUGUGACCAUGUGACAGGGACCUGCUACUGCAGCCCCGGGUUCAAGGGGAUCCGCUGUGACCAAGCGGCUCUGAUCAUGGAGGAGCUGAACCCCUACACUAAGAUCAGCCCGGCCCUGUCUGAGAGGCACUCCGUGGGGGCUGUGGUGGGGAUCAUCGUCCUGCUCCUCAUCAUCAUGGUGCUCCUCAGCCUCUUCGUCUGGUACCAGCAGAGACAGCGAGAGAAGGGGCAUGACAUGCCCAGCGUCUCCUACACCCCUGCCAUGAGGAUAACCAACACAGACUAUUCCCUGUCUGAUGCCUCUCAGAGUACUGGCAGUGGUCAGUGCUUCUGGAACCCGAGCUAUCAUACUCUGUCUCACUGUGGCACCGCCUCUCGCUUCUCCAACAGCCUGGAUGGGAACACCGCAAGUAAGGUUAAAAUCACUGACCGGGAGCAUGCAGACUGGAGACCUUACUGCAAUCUGAAUGAUUUAGGGGCUGGUGGAAUGGACAGACGUCGCAACACUUACACUGUUGAGCAAUGUUUCAAAGAUUACAUGAAGGGCUCUGUGUGCAGCUCCAGCACCAGCUCCCUGAACAGUGAGAACCCCUACGCCACCAUCAAGGACCCACCCAGCCUCACCUGCAAGCAUUCGGAGAGCAGCUACGUGGAGAUGAAGUCUCCAGCACACAGAGACCUGCCCUAUGCUGACAUGCCCUCUUCUUCCACCACCAACAAGAACGUCUACGAAGUCGAACCCAUGGUCAGCGUGCUUCAAGGAGCGAACGGGAUGGGUACAAAUUACAACCAGAACCCGUACGACCUGCCCAAGAACAGCCACAUCCCGAGCCACUACGACCUGCUACCGGUGCGGCACAGCCCGACCCACACAACCCCGCCCGAGGACAAACCGGACGACAAGCAGCCAUAGAGGAGGAGGCAGAGGAUGCAACACGGCCGCCAAACACCGAGGCAGAGACAAUCACCGUGAAGCGACUGCAGAGUGCAGAGACCGUGAACUCACUGAACUGGAGCAGAUGAACAGAAAGCCGCUGUCCUGCUCUCUUUUACUGCUGCAUGACGAUGUUAACGCUGUUUGAAGGAUUGUGAGGGUCUGGAGGACAAGGCGCGCUCUCUGUUUACACCUCUCAGUAUCCGAACAGGUCAAGACCCUCCGACCUCACAGCAAGAAACUUUAUAAAAGAAAUCGCUCGUCUAUCACACCAGCUAUUAUUUUUUAAUUUGUAUACAAUUGCACAGGACUGUUUCAGCAUUUCUGAAUAUAAAGCAACGGGUCAGUUGGUAACGCUUAGAACUGGGAUAAAAACAAACUGUACUGCGUGUACUGGAUUAUAUGAAUCACUGAUUACGGCCAGCCUUACCACCGACUUCAUUCAAAACAGCAGUCAGGUUUUCCUGCAGUUUAAAACAUACACAAAAUGUAUCUUGUGCUGUCAUUUUCAGUCAAGUAAGACAUUCAGAAUUCAUGACACCUUACUGUGGCUCCCAGUUCUAGUUGCCCUUCUGGUACGUUGCCCUCGUAUAAAGGGGCUGUGCUGAUGACCAGAACCCUGCAGAGCUUGGCCCCCUUUUCUCUCUAGAAUGUGUCAAGAGGAACAGUAGCUAGAAAUCUUUCCUAUUGAUCUGUAGCAGCCGGGGUUCGACAUCAGCAAAACCCAGGACCCUCUAUCGAACAAGUCCUUGUUAUUAACUAUAGUGGCUUCCCUGGUGAACUUACGCAUGGUUAAUUUGUGAUUUCAUAAGAAUUCUGUAAUUUAUUGAUUAAUGUGUACUGCAAAUAGCCAGUUAGCGACUUACUGAAUUAGACAUCUGUAUUAUUAUGGUAUUUUGUUUUAUAUUGAGGACCUCAACGAACUGUUCGUUUUUUUUAUUUAUGUAUUUAUUUAUGUACUUAUUAAUUAAUAGUAGAAAUAGUUGAAUUUGUACAUUCGGGGAAAAAAAAGCAUGACCAAAUUAAGAAUAUUUAAUAUUGUUUUUUUUAUAUACACCUACAGGAGUUCAUAUACAGAUUCUGUGCAGCCAGAAACCUUCCUUAAAGGCCAGUCGUUGUACCUGCAACGCCAAGACAGCAGUGGAAAGCUUGACGGUUCAGCAGCAAUAGUGCUGUCUUGCUCAUAGGAACAAGGAUGCACUUGUAUAGCCUGUGUAGAGAAUAUCAUUUAUGUCAUUUCAUACUAACCGUGUACUGAAAAUGACUGGUUUUUGAUUUUACAUUUAUAUUUAAAUAUGCUAAAUUUCCCCCUUGUCUACUGAGCAAUACAUAACUGAGGAAGAAAAUAAAAUCCAAACACCAUGCCAUUGGUUUUGUUCUACCUAUAUAAGCAAUAACAUGUUGACAAUCACUACAGGCUGCAUCUCUCAGUAAAUGGGUUGUGUUUGCAUGCAUUGUUCUGAAGGGAUUAGGAAUAAACAAACAGCAGAUACCCUCAAUUACCAAAAACAAAACCAACAAAAAAACACAUCAACACGAGCCUGCAUUGCAUUCAUUAUAGCUACACUAAACACAUUGUCGAAAGGGGGAAACAAUGAAAAGAUUCUGUUCAUUUGGAGCCACGCUUCAGGGGUGACAAUGAUACACAGCAUAUAUAUAUAUAUAUAUAUAUAUAUAUAUAUAUAUAUAUAUAUAUAAAUAAAAAAUCAUGUUUUAUAUUAGGCGAGGGCUGGACAGCCAGCUUCUAAAAUGUGCAUGCCUAAUUCCGACUAAGGAAAGAAAUCAAUAAAGUACCAAAUUGCAAUCGUUUCUGUUGCUCAUGGAAUCGCAUAUAAAGUUCGAUUUGCCUACAUUGUUCCUGUUGCUCACGGAAUCGUAUUAUUCUCCUUUUGGUUUGAUGCUAAUUCCUCUUUCUUUAGACUGGUGGUUAUUCAUGCAGUUUUCUCUCAGUACCCGCCCCUUGCACACCAAACCAUUUUCAAUGAUCCGUUCCGCAUUCCAACAGUCUAAUCUUCCAGCGAGUUACCUGUGCAGGUGCGCUAAUUAUUGACAGGCUUAUCAUUACUGGCCAUAUUGCUUCCCAGGAACAGACUGAAAAUGAAUAAAACGAUAUGGAAAACAUCGAGUAGAUGAUGUUAUAGAAAUAUAUUUUAUUGUGCUUUCUUUUAGUUUAUACUUUUCUCUGAAAACCCUGUUUUUUUCCAGUCUUAUUUAACAGUUAACAUUGUGAAGUGAAACAAUGCUCUGCUCUUUGUUAAGUGGAUGAACCCUACAUACUUUUACUGGUUCAGCCAUCAAUAAAAGUUAAGUUUUGUGUA